AUGAUUAGGUCUUUUGUUGGGAAGAUUCAAAAGGGUGUCUCACAGAUUGGACCUGGAAAGCCUACACUUAACUACAUGAAAGAAAAUCAAUUGGGGACCACAAAUGAUAUGCCAGGUGACGUUAGUAAAGGGUAUUUUGCUGUUAUUGCAAUCAAAGAUGGAGAAAUUAAAAGGUUUGUUGUUGAGCUGGAUUACUUGACUCAUCCUGAAUUCUUGGGACUCUUGGAUCAAGCUGGAGAAGAGUAUGGUUUCAAGCAGCAGGGAACUCUUGUAGUCCCUUGUAGACCUCAGGAAUUGCAGAAGAUUCUAGAUGGUUGGAGAAUGAGACCAGACAGCAUCAAAGGUGCAGGAAGGGAUAUUUAUGUUCCUAAGGAGGUGCAUGAAGAGGUAGAGGAAGUGGACUUUGUAAGGCCUUCAAUGCUCCCCCUUACUCUUAAGGUAAUUACAGUAAAAGUCAAGAUGCUUAGGACGUUUGUUGGGAAGAUAGAGAAGGGUCUCUCACUCUUUGUACACAGAAGACCACCGUUGAGGUACAACAGUGAAGCCACAUGUGUGGUGCCAGAUGACGUUAGGGAAGGUUAUUUUGCUGUUCUUGCAACCAAGGGUGGAGAAUGCAAAAGGUUCGUUGUUGGCUUACAUUACUUGAAUGAUCCUGCAUUCUUAGGAUUGUUGGAUCAAGCUGAAGAAGAGUUUGGUUUCGGGCAAGAGGGAGCUCUUGCAAUCCCUUGUCAACCUCAAGAAUUACAGAAGAUUCUCGAGGGUCAGAGAACAUCCAGAAGCACGAUGUGA